CGACGCAAACAUUUCUCUCUUUUUUCUCUAAUCACCAAACCUGCGUCUUCUCUCUCACACUACUAACAACACUUCCUUCUUCUUCUUCCGACUAUGGAUAAGAAGCACGGCUUGUUCUCCAAGUCUAAUUCCCGGCGACCACGAUCCAAGAGUCCAGUCAGAAGCGUCUCUCCGAUCAUCAUCCGUCGCCGGAAAGGCCGUUACGUCACACAACCGGACCGGCACAUGUCUGAGAUGCUUGCUCCGGUUAUAGAAGGUCCUGAUCCAGACGCUGAAGACUCCGGAAGCAGUGGUGAUUACUCUAGGUUCGAGAGACGUUGGUACAAUUGGAUGAAAUGUCAGCUUCCGGUGGCUCCGCCGUCAGUAUCGUCCUCUUCGGAUUUCAAACGAACGGAUCUGAGGCUUCUCCUCGGUGUUCUUGGCGCACCUUUAGGUCCUGUGCACGUUAGCGCUCUGGAUCUCCUUCCACACCUCAGUAUCAAGAAUACACCUAUGGAGACUUCCUCUGCUCAGUACAUACUUCAGCAGUAUACGGCUGCAUCAGGAGGUCAAAAGCUUCAUAGUUCUGUGCAAAAUGGAUAUGUUAUGGGAAGAAUCAGGACGAUGGCUUCAGAGUUUGAGACAGGCUCAAAAGGUUCAAAGAGCAAGAAUAAUUCGUCAAAAGCUGUUGAGUCUGGAGGAUUUGUGUUGUGGCAUAUGAAUCCUGAUAUGUGGUACAUGGAGCUUGUUCUUGGUGGGAGCAAGGUUCUUGCAGGUUGUGACGGGAAGCUUGUGUGGAGACACACACCAUGGCUUGGACCUCAUGCUGCAAAAGGACCGGUUAGACCAUUACGACGUGCUCUGCAGGGACUUGACCCGAGGACCACAGCGUAUAUGUUUGCAAAUGCAAGGUGCAUAGGAGAAAAAAAGAUCGAUGGAGAAGACUGUUUCAUUCUCAAGCUAUGUGCAGACCCGGCAACACUCAAAGCUAGAAGCGAAGGGGCAUCAGAGACCAUAAGACAUACGUUGUUCGGUUACUUCAGCCAAAAAACCGGUCUGCUUGUUCACUUAGAAGACUCCCAGCUAACCCGAAUCCAAAACAAUGGAGGCGAAGCGGUUUACUGGGAGACGACCAUCAACUCAUACCUAGAAGACUACAAACCUGUCGAAGGUAUCAUGAUAGCUCACUCUGGUAGAUCCGUGGCUACGCUUUUAAGGUUUGGAGAUAUGUCAUCAGGACAUAACACUAAGACCACAAUGCAAGAAGCAUGGGUCAUCGAUGAAAUCUCGUUCAAUGUCCCUGGCUUGUCUAUAGAUUGCUUCAUUCCACCUUCAGAACUCAGAUUUGAUUCCCACGUUGAAGACUUAUCUCAAGGCCCCAAAAUUAGGACAUUGCACGGCCAUAAAAAUGGUUGAUGUGAAGAAGCAGGAGAUCAAUGUGUAUAACUCAUUCAAAAACAAACCCUAGACCGGUUAUUUUACUUUUGCUAUUGUCGAAGCUAAAAUUCUUGUAGGAAGUUUCGUUGAAGUUGUAAAUAGACAGCAGGAGAAGUUCGUUCUUUUUGCCGCAUAAUGUUAGGAAUGUGUAGUCUUAGUAAGGUCAGUCCAAUUUUUAGUUUAUAAUAUUGUUUCAUAUACUAUGAUAGAAGCUCCCAUCUAUUUCACCUAAUAGCAUAUAGUAUAAAGAAAUAUUACUUGGUCAUCCAUACCAAUUGGAACUGAUGAAUACGAUCUUCCUUGUAUUGUAUAUCAAUAAAUUCAUAGUGUGAGUGUAGUUUCUUUUGUAGCACAAACUAGUAAAUGUUAUUUCUCCUCCUACUGUCUAUUUCAAACCGUUGCUCAUUAGUUUACUCCAAAAAAUGGCCAUAAGUACUUAUCUGUUUGUCUGUCUCAACCAUCCAAAUCCUAUUUGUGAGUUGGAUUUCAAUGGGACAUGAGCAUUUUUGCAUAUGGAUUGAUCCAUUUGCUCACUAGAUCGUUUUAUUUUACUGUUGACUGUUGUUGACCUUG